AUGAAUUCGGAAGUCUACAUCAGUUUUAUCCAAAAUAUUCAACCAGUUUUAACGUUCCUUGAGAAUGCAUUUUUCGUUAACUUUGUACUGGCUUGCAUCUCCUGUAUCGUCAACCUAUUUCAUUUUGCGAUAAUUACUAGGAAGUCGAUGAGAAUCUCUUCAAUUAAUGUUUUAAUGAUUGGUGUGACUAUUUGCGAUAUUUUCAGUAUGAUGACAACAGUGUAUCGAUAUCUUCAGCUCACAGAUUUAGAAUAUCCAGAAUGUGUAACUUCGGACUCUUUUGUCAAAGCGUAUAUCGACUUCACAUCUUGGUCAUUUCACUUUUACUUCAGACGGUGUAGUUUUUGGCUGGAUAUCUUCAUUGCGAGUGUACGUCUUGUAGUUGUCAGAUGCGUUUCUAGCCACUCCAACGCGGCCAAGCCGAAUAUGGGAUACAUUUUGAUGUCAGUGGUGUUUUUUGCUAGUUUUAUUUUUCAAGGAGCAUGGCAAUAUGCUGUUAUAGUGGAUGAGCAUACACGCCUAAUUUUGCAAGACAAUUGUGGCGAGCAUCAAGACGUCAGAAAUCUACCAAGAUUCAAGUUAGAUAUUCGUCAAUUUUCAGAAAAUUAUGAAAUGUUGAUUAUUCAAUUAUACAUUGUUUCAGAUGUGAUUGUUUCUCAAUUUCUCCCAAGUGCAGCCUUCCCUAUCCUAACGGCGCUUCUUCUUCGAGAACUUCGAAAACUCAAUAAAUCCAGGUCAAAGCUUCAAAGAAACGGGGUCGUUGAAGAUCAUGAAGAAAAAUAUGGGCUUCCGACGAAACUCAUAACUUUACUUACAAUUUUGUCACUGCUAUCAGAUGCUCCACUGGGAUGUAUUGUGAUGAUAAAACUUUUCGUUCAACAGGGAACUGCAGUAAUACGAUUUCUGACAGAUCUUAUGAUCUACUUUAAUAUUUUCUCAACUGCCGUGUCGAUUUUCCGUCCAAUUAUGUGUUUUCUAAUGUCUAGCCGCUACCGGAUUACUGCACGACAAUUGUUCAGAAUUAAAAAGAAAAUAAUACGUGUUAUUCCAAAACAAACACAACAAUCCAGUUGA